AUGGAGCCCGGUAGUAGAGGAGAGUCUGCUGUUGAGACAAAGGAGACACAAACAGCAGCAGGAAGCCGUCUCUAUGAUAGUGAUGUAUCCUUAGCUUAUUCAGAUGAGGAGACACGGCUGCUGCCUACAGCAGAAGGAGAUGCAGCAGCAGCAGCAGCAGCUGCUGCUGCUGCUACUGCUGCACUAGUUGAAGCGGAAGAUGCAGCUAUAGGGAUACCCCCAGGUGCAACAGGAGCAGCAGAAGGGAAAGCAGCUGCAGGCAGCAGCAGCAGCAGCAGGAAAUGGGGAAUUUUUGGAUUUGUGGGGCUGCUGCUGCUGCUGAGCUGCAUGCAGGGUCUGCACCUAUCUAAUAGGUUAAGGAAACCAGAGAAGCAGCCGCUGCUGACUGAGGAGGAGCAGCAGCAGCUGCUGCUGCUGCAGCAGGUUAAUUCACGAUUUGGUGGUGCAGAUGCAGCAGCAGAAACAUUCUUAGCUCAUGACAGUUUUGCUGCAGAUACACCCGACGCAGCAGCAGCAAGAAGAAGCUUUGAGUCCCUGCUGCAUAAGGUGCAGGUGCUGCAGCAGCGACAGGAGCAGCAGCAGCAGCAGAAGUCUAUGGGUACAGCAAUAGCUGCUGCAUUAGGUGCAGCAGGUGUAACUGCAGCUGCAGGUAUAUUACCUAAUGCAGCAGCAGCAACAGAAACAGCAGCAGCAACAGCAGCAGCAGCAGCAACAAAGCUAGAUAGAUGGGAGACGCUGCUGCUGCAGGGGUCCCUCCUCUUUUCUGAUUUGCAUGCACUAGAGAGGGCCAGUGGUGUUGCUCCUUAUAACCCUAUACGUCUUGGCUUCCGUAUACCUGAGCAGCAGCAGCAGCAGCAGCAGCAGCAACAGCAGCAGCAGCAGCAGCAGGAGGGUGUGUGUAAGCCGCAGCAGCCUAGAGGAAAUAAAUUCCUUGGGGAUUUAAGGAGAGUACCAUUUGCUGUUCCUGAGGAAGCAGCAGCAGAAGGAGGUGAUGCUGCUGCUGCUGCUGCUGCUGCUGCUGCUGAGGCACAGCAGCAGCUGCAGAAUAGAUAUGAGGAAAUAAAAUCUUGGCUAGGAGAGAUGGAGGAAGAAUUAUCUUUAUUAAGAAUAGCUGAGCAGCAGCAGCAGCAGCAGGAAGCAGCAGAGGAAGCAGCAGCAGAAGGUGCAACAGAAGAAGGUAUAGCAGCAGCAGCAGCAGCAGCAGCAGAUAGACCUUCUGCUGCAGCACAAGAAAUUGAUGGGGCUUUGCGCAUGCUAGCAAGGAUGCGUACAGCAGCAAAUAACUAUAAUAAAGUAUUGCAUGCAAGAACUCUUCGUGAGGCAGAUGCUGCUGCUGCUGCUGCAGUUGCUGCAUCUGUUGCUGCACCACCUAUAGUACCACAGAUCCCUCCUAAUGCACAAGGAUCUGCUGCUGCAGCAGCAGUAGCAGCAGCAGCAGCAGCAGCAACAAUAAAUAAUAAAUAUAUUCCUCCAUGGGUACAACAAUUAUAUAAAUAUAAUAAGGAUACAACUCCUGUCUCUCUUAUUAGAUUAAGACAAACAAUAGAUGCACAAGGAUAUCCUGAUUUUGUUGCUGAUGCUGUUGCUGCUGCUGCUGCUGCUGCUGCUGCUGAUAAAGAAGCAGCAGGAGCAGCAGGAGAGUCUUCUUCUGACCCCUCAAAAGCAGCAGCAUCCUCAACCACCAGCAGCAGCAGCAGCAGCAGCAGCAGCAGCAGCAGCAGCAGUGAAUGGUUAAAGGAUAUAGAGAAAUUAUUAGAUCGUAGUGUAUAUUAUGCAGAAAAGAAGGAGAAAUUAACAGAAGAAGACAAGAAGAAUAAAAUAAAUAAAAAUAUAAAUAAGAAUAUAAAUAUAAAUAAUAAUAUAAUAAAAAAAACAAGAAAACUUUUUUCUAUUGAAUUGCAUGCAGAAUUAUUAUUAGCAUUAUUUAAUUCUUCUUCUCCUUUUAUUAGAUAUACAAAUACAUUAGAGGAAGCAAGAUUAUAUACUCCUUUUUAUCAGCAGCAAAUAGCAGCAAAAGCAGCAGGAAAUGAUCCAAUAGCAGCAGCACAAAUUGCAGCAGAAAUAACAGGAAAAGAUGCAGCAGCAGCAGCAGCAGCAGCAGCAGGAAUAGAAGCAGCAAGUCGUGAAUUAGUAGAAGCAUUGAAUCGUCAGGCUCGUUUCUCAGCUAGAUGGUUACAAUUAAUAAAUGGAUCCAGCAGCACCAGCAGCAGCAGCAGCAGCAGCAGCAGCAGCAGCAGCAGCAGCAGCAGCAGCAGCAGCAACGGGUUCUGGAUGCUGCAGCAGGCAGAGCAGCAAGCACUAACCCUUUUCUUACAGAAUAUAGGUAAUCGUGUAAUACUAGAGAAAGCAUUAGGACAUUUAUUAACAACAGCAGCAAUGAAUCCUGCUGCUGCAGCAGGAGUAGCAUCAUCAGCAGCAAUGGGUGCAGCAGCAGCAGGUGUCCCAGGUAUAUCAACAUCAGCAGCAGCAGCAGGAGGAGCAGGAGGAGCAACAGGAGAAGAAAAAGUUCGUUCUUAUUAUAAUACUACGCAUGCAUUAGCUACAUUAACUAAUACAAAUAUAAGGGCAAUAACAAGAGGAAUACUUAUACACAAAAAUAUCUUACCUCCUUGGUCCUCUGUUCUUCCUAAGUAUUCAUGUACAGAUAUUAAGUCCGAUCUAGGCAAGAGCACCAGCAGCAGCAGCAGCAGCAGCAGCAACAGUAAGAGCACUGGUAGCAGCAGCAGCAGCAGCAGCAGCAGCAGCAGCGGACAGGCAGCAACAAAAGUCUCAGCACAGGAGAUGCUGCAGCGAUUUACAGCAUUCGUAGCAAUGCAGAAAGCAAAGAACGCACAGGCUGGUGCUGCUCCUGCUGCUCCUGCUGCUACUGCUGCUGCGGCUCCUCCUCGUGCUGCACCUGCUCCUGCUGCACCGGCUCCAACUGCACAGACACAGGCUCCAGCAGCAGCAGCACCAGCAGAAACAGCUCCUGUUGCAACACCAGCAGCACCAGCAGCACCAGCAAACGCAGCUACUACAGCAGAUGCAGCACCAACAGAAGCAGCACCUGCAGCAACAGCAGCACCUGCAGCAACAGCAGCAGCAGAAGCAGCAGAAGCAGCAACAGCAGCACCUGCAGCAACAGCAGCUCCUUCAACAGAAGCAGCUCCUGCAGCAACAGCAGCACCCGCAGCAGAAGCGGCUCCUGCAGCAACAGCCGCACCUGCAGCAGAAACAGCUCCUGCAACAGAAACAGCAACACCAGCACCUGCAGCAGAAGCAACUCCUGCAGCAACAGCAGCACCUGCAGCAGAAGCAACUCCUGCAGCAACAGCAACACCUGCAGCAGAAGCAGCUCCUGCAACAGAAGCAGCAACAGGAGAAACUCCUGCAGCAGCAGCUCCUGCAGCAGAAGUAACAGAAGCUCCAGCAGCAGCAGCAGCAACAGAAGAAGCUCCAGCAGCAGCAGCAACAUCCGAAGAAGCUCCUGCAGCAGCAGCAGCAGCAUCACAAGAAUCUCCUGCAGCAGCAGCAGCAACAGAAGAAGCUGCUAACGCAGCAGCAGGAGAUGAAGCUGCAGCAGCAGCAAAAGAAACUCCAGCAGCAGCAACAACAGAAGAAGCUCCUGCAGCAGCAACAACAGAGGAAGCUCCUGCAGCAGCAGCAUCACAAGAAGCUCCUGCAGCAGCAGCAGAAGCAGCUCCUGCAGCAGCAGCAGAAGCAGCUCCUACAGCAGCAGCAGAAGCAGCUCCUGUUGUACCAGCAGUAGCAGGAACGGAGGGGGAGGGGGAAAUGGGUGAACAAGAAGGAGAUGCAUAA